CAUAGUGUGUUUGUGUGUCUGUGUGUGUGAGGCGUGGGUAAUGGACAGCUUGUCGCCCGGGGGCGAAGAACACAGUAGGCCAGUGAUCUGAUGAACUUCACAUGCCAUUUUGGAUAUAUAACCUCCUGAAUGUCCUAGGGCUAAUGGAAGCUUUUGUCAAGUUUCAAGAUUUUUUUUAAAGAAAGAAACAUUUUCACAAAGAAGCAAAAUGGAUUUACGAGCAAAGCAUGGUCUGGCCCUGUUGGACCAGUUAAAUCGAAUGCGAGAAGCUAAACUGUUGACAGACGUGGUACUAGUUGCUGAAGGCAUUAGUUUUCCAUGUCAUCGUUCUGUGCUUGCUGCAUUCAGCCCUUACUUCCGUGUCAUGUUCACCUGUGGACUGCGUGAAAGUACCCACAGAGAGGUAGUUUUGAGGGACAUGCCAGCACAAAGCUUAGCCCUCUUGCUGGAGUACAUGUACAGCUCCAAGCUCCCACUGACCCCAGGAAAUGUGCAGGGCAUCUCUGUUGCGGCCUUUUUACUGCAGAUGGAUGAUGUUUUUGGUCGCUGCCAGAUGUACAUGACCGAAAAAAUGGAUUCAUCCAACUGCCUGGGAAUCUAUUACUAUGCCCGGGACUUAGGAGCUGAGGAUUUGGCUGAUCAGGCUCAGCGCUACCUCCGGCAGCACUUUACUGAGGUUUGUCUGAGUGAAGAAAUUUUGGAUCUGGAGGCCCAUCAGCUUGGAGCCCUGCUGGCUUCAGACGACCUAAAUGUAACCCGGGAAGAGACCAUUCUGGACAUGGUGAUGCGAUGGGUGAGAAACAGUUCAACUGGUUCGGGCUUGGAAGGCGAAAACCGAGCCCAGCAUCUGCCUGAGCUCUUGAGGAAGGUACGACUGCCACUGGUUAGUGAAAGUUAUCUCAAAGAGACUAUGAAACGCAACACAGCACUGCUGUCUGAUGCAGAAUGUCUACAGAUGAUGGAGGAUGCGGUGGAAGCAGCAGGUAUGCACCCAGAUGCUCCACCCCGCCGUCUGAAGCUACGCUAUGGCAUGGAGACCACUGACCUGCUGCUCUGCAUUGGCAAUGACAGCGGAGGGAUACGGUCACGCUACAGUAGUUAUACAGACCGCAGCUUCUGCUAUGCCCCCAACACUGGCCGCACGUUUUACAUCACUUCUCCUCGCUACGGUGAUGCACUAGGAUAUGUCUGUGCUGGUGUUGUCACUGAAGGAAAUGACAUAAUUGUGGCAGGAGAGUUAGGAGCAAGAAGGAUGGCAAGAGAGAAGGAAAGAAACGUGGAAGUUUUCAAGUAUAAUCAGGAAGCUCAGGGAAGCUGGAAGCACCUUAGUUCAGCAGAAUAUCGGGAUUCAUAUGCACUGAGUUCCCUGGGUGACAACCUGUACCUAAUCGGAGGUCAAAUGAAGCUAAAAAAUCAGUACCUCAUUACCAACAGUGUUGACCGCUGGUCCUUACAGGGUGGACCUUGGCGCAGUGCUGCCCCUCUUCCUAUGCCUUUGGCCUAUCACAGUGUAGUCAGGAUGAAAACCUGCCUCUAUGUGCUUGGGGGGCGCACCCCACAGACAUACCGCACAGAUGAGGAGCCUGACCGCAUGAGCAACCGCCUGCUGGAGUAUGAACCAGAGACCAACAAGUGGAAUGAGCUCUGUCCAAUGAAAUAUUCCAAAUAUCGCUGCAGUGCAGUUGCACUGAAUGGGGAAAUCUACGUUAUAGGUGGCAUUGGUUGUGAGGGUGUGGAUCGUGGGCAGUCACGUCGCUGUCUUGAUGCAGUAGAGAUCUACAACCCUGAUGGGGAUUUCUGGAGAGAUGGCCCUCCCCUACCCUGGCCUCUUCUCUCAUUGCGAAGCAAUGCACCAAAUGCCGGUGUCGUGGAUGGAAAGCUAUAUGUCUGUGGCUACUAUAAAGGAGCAGAUCGCCAUGAUAUUAUUACCAAAAAUAUCCUGCAGCUGGACCCAUUUGAGAAUGAGUGGACUGUGGUGUUAAAACAGGCCAUUAUGCAUGACAGUUACGACGUGUGUCUGGUGGCAAACCUUAACCCACGAGGACUCAUGCCCCCUCCUGCUGACUUGGUGGAUGAAUAACAAAAAUCAUUCACAUCUGACAACAGAAGCUUCCCUCAAGCAUUGGAAAUGGCGCACUUUUAAACAGGUUACAAAAUAGAAUCUUCUAGUCUGUAUAUAGAGGUUGUUUCUAUUUUCACUUAUUGUGCAGAAUAGCUGAUAUUGGACAUUCUGUUCUGAUGUAUGAUUUUGUUUUUAAGUAUAUUGGCACUUUUGAGAAUGUUUGCAUUUUCUGUCAGCAGAUACUCGUUUACUUGUUUAAGAACACAGUGUUUUAAGAGUCCAUGCAUUAUAUGAAUGCAAGACAGAAUAACACAAAUUUGCACAGGUUUUAAAAAGAUACAAGGAAUGAUGGGCAUCCUAAAUAUUACCAUCAAAUAAAUAAUUUAUUAUUACACUGUUAACAAGAGGUUUCUAAACCUUAUGAAAUUUGUACAUUUGGGUAAAUCCCUAUUGGCAUAUUACAAUAAAUAUAAUAUACUAUACUACUCUAAAUCACAAACCAAACCAAGGUUGUUACUCUGCAAUAAUUUUACUCUGUAUUGAAUGUAAAUACAGUAUUUCUACGACUUAAGAAGUAAAGAGAAAUACAAAAACUAAAACCUAUGGAAAACGAUGUAGGAAACCCAUAUUUGAUUAAUAUAAUAACAGUUUUGUAAACAUGAAAUUUAAAUGUAACAAUGUUAAUAAGGUUUUCUGAACACCACACAAAUUAUAAAUUAUAAACCAUUAAUCUACUUCCAUGAAACAAGACUGGAUCUUUUUUGAAUGGGACUUUAAAUGUGGGUUUAACCUGAAGCAUAAACAUUUAUAAAUUACCACAUAAAUCAGAUGUGACCUUUCAAAAGAAAAUCUUUGCUCUUGUUUUUUAAAAUAAGAGCACGGCAUUGCCUGAAUUACAUUACAAAUGUGCAUUGGACAGUCAAUCAGAGUCACUCAUGAAGUCAAAGAGCUGCCAGAUGCCUCUCUGUUUAACUAUGGUAUUAGAUUUUUGCUCGGGCAUCUCCUGUUCAGAUUUCUUGUACUCCACCAUCACAUCAGAGCUUUUGCUGCUCUGGGACCAUGACCAUGAAUUCAGGUGCUGUCCACAUUCAUUUCUUUUUGUCAGGCCAGCUGUGGCUUUAUGCUGAGUCGCUGGUAGGUUUUUCUUUGAAACAGUUUUGAAUGCUGAGAGAGGCACCCUGUUUUCUUUAUCUUCAUCAUAUUGGCUAUCCUCAAAUAUGUUGACCGAAGUCAUCAUGUCAUUCUGUCUCCUCUGUGGCAGAAUCAAAGCUCUCUUCUUUUUUCUGUAACUUUGGCUCCUCUGUCCUCUCUUGGGCAUUUUUGUCUGUGUGGGUACCUCAGUCCAGUUUCUGAACCUUUUCUCUUCCACAUCAGCCAAAUUAUUCACAGGUUCCACAUGAACAGGGGCUCUGACAACAUAAUUCCUUUGAAGAUUGGCAGUGACUGUAUUAGCAGCCACUGGGUGGGUCAAAGCAGUGGUUAGAACAGACCAGCAGGGCUUUUCAGUUGAUGUACAGGUCAGCAGCUGCUUCUGCUGUACAGAACCUAGGACUGGGAAAGAUCCACCUAUGUUGAGCUCUUCUGAAGAUUGCAGUUUAGCAUGACACAAACCACAGUGUCCUCUUUCCUCUGAACGUGUAAUUGAUCCUCUGCACAGACUCAUCCCUUCACAACAGCGCUUUUCCUCUGAAAUGGCACAGCACUUUCCAAUAAGACCAGGUGAAGUCUGAACAGUGUUGUCAGUCAUUCUGACAGGCCUAGUACAAUCUCCAGCUGAGUGAGUGGUAAUUAUUGUGGCAAGCAUUGACUGAAUCUCUCUAAAUAUGCUCUGCUCAUUGCUCUGCUCUAUUCUCAGAUAUUUCAAAUCCUGCUGCAUGCUGAUCAUGAGUGAGCUCAAGUCUUUUAUAGCCACUGUGGUCUAAAUUGUGUGAAAACAAAGAAAUCUGUCACAGGAUGUUGGUAUAAAAAUAAACAAAUCAUAUCUGUACACUAAA